GCGAAAUUCAAACGUGCUUGUAUUCCCCCCUCCUCUUACAACAAGAGCCCGACAACCAGUAGCUCCGGCCGUUUGAUCCCAACUGGAACCCAAAAUUUCAGUGUCUCUCUCUCAUCUUAAAAAAUCGUAUCAUUAAAUCCAGCCCGGAUUAGUUAUUGUCUUUCAUCUAUAGCGAUCGCGCUGUUAUUUGUUAUAACCAAGUGUGUGCACGUGCAUCAAAGUGAUAUUGUAUUAUUAUUAUUAGAGAGAUAGUAUAUCUACUAUAUACAUCAGUGCACCGGAAGUUCUCUGCUAGCAAUAGCCAACGACCGUCGCUCUGCUGGAUCGAAACUUUUUUUGCGCUGGCUGGGUUUUAUCAAAAAUAAAAACGGUCGACGCCAUAUAUCUCACCGCUGUGCUGGGCCAACCUCAUCAUGGAUAACGCAGUGGAACGUCGCAAACGUCAUUUAUCAGAAGGAGAUGAACAUUCGGGACAACAGGACGGCCGACGAGUUCGAUCCCUUUUGGAGGUAGCGGCCCAUGAACUGGACUUGAACCCUCUACUACACCGAACAGCUCAUCAUCAGGCGGGUCCAGAUGGCCAGCAGGGGCCGGCAUUAGCCGUGGCUGUUGUGCGUCCGUUCGUUUCCGAGGAGACGACUAGCCGGAUUCAUCGUCCUCCGUCGCCGCCGGAAUCCGAUUGCAGCAGUCACGAGCCACCGCCCAGCCAUUCGGACGACGAUUCCGACGGAGGAGACGAGGAUUCGUCCGACGACGACGAUGAUGAAAUUGCUCAUGUGGGUGAUGCCACUUUGGCCGGCUACGAGUAUUGCAGCAAUGAAGCUAUCCGCUACCUGAUGGAAGUCGAGAAACUCGGAGCCGACCAUCCAGUUAUCCGACAACUGCAGCAACACCUGGACAGCCGUCGGGUUCACGUCGCAUCCAGCAGCAAUCCCGGACCGUCAUCCAAUCACGCGAUUCCUUGA